ACAAUUUUGUGGCACUUUCACUUCCUGCUUUGCAAGAGGGGUUUUCAACAACUACAAAUCUGAAGGACAAUCUUCUAAUACUUUCGUUUCCUGGAGCCACCACCCUUCCACUCUGUGUGCAGCUCAGUUUCUGGUAAAGAACAAUACACCAUCACUCACGGAAGGUCACUCCCACUUUGGCGUUAGUCCAUUAGGAUGGAAGGACCAACACCAGGAAAACGAGGUCCCAACACUGAUACACCCAGAGCAACUUGCCACAAAAGAAUAUGCAACAGAGAACAAAAUCCUGAAAAUGGAGAGGGAGAGGCUUUGCAGGACUAUAAAAAACAGGAAAAUUACCUAAACACUAUUCUGGAUCAGGCGGUGGAGAAGCUGUCCCUAUUCCUCUCCAAUCACAACGUGCUUGAGACAAGGAAGGGGAUUGAAUACUUCAAGAACCGCCUCACAGGCUUGAAGUCAGACGUUUUGGUGAAUCCCAUCUAUGUUGGUCUCUUUGGCAGCACUGGGGCAGGGAAAAGCACGUUGCUGAACGCUGUCAUAGACAAAAAGUUCUUCUUGCCAGUGUCUGGGUGCAAAUCCUGCACAUCCUGCGUGGUGCAGGUCAACAUGGGCCACAGCAGACAACACGAGGCAAAAAUUCACCUUCUCACAGAUGAGGAGUGGAAGGAAGAGCUGAAGGGCCUUGUGUCACUUGCAGAAGAGGAUGAAGAGGAGGACUGCAAUGAAAGAAGUGAGGCUGUUUCAAAGAUCUCUGCUAUCUACGGGGAAGGCAGCGAAACUAAGUCUUACGAAGAGCUGUGUAGGAUGAGACCUGUCGUCACUAUUCCCAGUGCAAGAUGUAUCACCCUCAGGGAAGCAAACGAAGAAGACCUUUCUAAAAAAAUGGGCCCGUAUAUCUGGAUUCAGAGCAUCCGUAAUGGAGAAGAAGCAGGAACAAGUGAAGAAAACAAAAAAACACGUCUCUGGCCUCUCAUAAAAAAUGUGGAAGUGACUAUCCCAAGGUCGCAAUUGUUUCCAGAAGGUGUCAUCUUUGUGGACAUUCCAGGGACAGGCGACUUCAAUAGCAAAAGGGACGCGAUGUGGAAAGAGAACAUCAACAAAUGCUCUGUCAUUUGGGUGGUCAACUCCAUCGAACGUAUUCAGGGAGACAGACACCAUGAGAAUAUGCUGAAAGAAGGCAUGAAGGCUUUCCAGUGUGGAGUGUGCAAGGACAUCUCCUUGGUGGUCACAAAGUCUGAUCAGAUGGAUCUAAGCGAAUACCAGCGGGAAAGUGGCAACAACCAUAUCAAUAAACAUGAUGCCAUCCUGGAAAGGAAUGAAACUGUGAAGCGGGAGAAGACAACGACUAUGAAGAGGAACCUAGGGAAAAAGCUUCCAAGCAACUCUGACGUUCUGAUUAAGGAUGAUUUCGUGUACACGGUCAGUGCCCGCGAGUACUGGAAUGGGGACACACUGAACAGGGAUGAAACAGAGAUCCCAAAGCUGAGGGAGUACAUCCGGAUGUUCUACGAUAAACAGAAGAGGAAUGAACUGAUGGAUUAUGUGACAGAGGCUUUGGUUGCUUUCUCACUCAUUGAGAGUCUCCCAUCCAACCAAGAUCCAGAGAUGCAGCAAGUGAAGGAAAGUCAUUUGAAAGAAUUAAUUAUUAAGAAGAUCACUGAUUUGGACAAAGAUAUCGAGAAAUGCUUUAUACCUAUUGAGCAGCCACUCCAGGAUGGUAUAGAUCAAGCAAAGAGGUCUUACAGGAAAACUGUCCACAGGAUGUUCAAUCGGGACCACGGGGGCAAGGGCUUCCACAGGACCCUGAAAGCCGUGUGCAUGAAGAACGGGGUGUAUGCGUCCCGCAGCUUUGGCCGGAUCGACAUCAACGAGGACCUGGCUCAGCCCAUCUAUGAAAAAAUUGACAUGACUUUCGGAAACAUAUUCAGGAUCCAGAUGAGCACCCGUGCCACCCUGAAAUCCUGCCUUGACAUGUUCAAAGGUGCCAUGAAGAACGACCUGCGGGAAGCCAUGAAGCCGUUCCCAGUGAAUGACAUACAAUACAAGUUCAGUUUCCUUCAGCAGGAGACAGACUUCAUCAUCAGGGAGACCGAAAAAGUCAUCCUCCAGAGGAAAGGCAAAAUCUACCAGUCCCUUGCCCUAUCCAUUCAAGAGGACCUGCUGCCAUACUACGAAGCUGCUGCCAGCCAACGAGGAGCACAAGCCUACGCGAGGAUGCAAACCAUCCUUAGUGAGGGUAUAAAGACAAAGGUGGAAAAGGGAAUGUUUGAAAAAGCGCAGGCAAGCAUGAGAAGCCACUUUGAGAGCCUGAAGGGGGAGAUCAUUGAGAAGAUGAGGAACGACUUUUCCGAUGUGCUCAGCCUCGCCUUCUGCCCAUGGAACCACCUCAGUGGCAAGCUGCCAGAUUUCACGGAUGAGUUGUCCACUAUCCGCGGCAUUCGAGAGAACCUGCGUCCAACUGGAGAUGCUUAGAGUGCUGCAGGGAUCAUCUCAGCUGAUUUUGGCUUUAUUACUCUGUGGGUUGAUAAGCAAUCACCUGACGGAAUUCUUCCCCCUAUAAAAGCAUUUCUGAGGUACCUCAUAUGCACUGUACACUACUGUGCAAGUAAGUACUUGCACCUUUCCCCGAGCACCUUUCCUCUGCAUGCCAUGAUGAGUCCCACACACUUCAGCACUGACCCCAUGGUGCUCUGAAUGUGUCUGCUUGUGAUGGGCAUCACCCUGGACCAUGGGGUUGACACUUCCCCAGGAGGAGUGGAAUCAGUGUCCAUGUCUGUGAGCAGGUUAUUGUGGUCCCCUCAGCCAUCACACCUCGGUGCUAGUUAAUGCUUGUAGAGAUAAGUCUUUCCCUCCAUAACCCACCAUGUUUAAAUACUAAAUGUAUCCUGAUGUUCCCUGCACCCUUAUAUCUCUUUUGAUACUCUGGAUGUUGCUAGUAAAAUAAAAAAAUGCAGAAAAAUA